AUGCUGCUGCCGGUACUUGAACGUUUUGCUGAGUUUGGCUGGCAACCGUUCGUAGAACCCGCUGAGACCUUUGAGUUCUUCACCGUCUCGGGUGUCUUCCGUCGCGCCAACGUGGAUAUUUCUCUACACUCGGGACAACAUGAUGCUCAGAUUCUGUUAAAGCGUAAUGCACUUUUAAGUGUUUGUCUUAAAAGUGGACUGGCGCAUCUUAUCGUGGCCUACAUCCGUGCAGAAGAUUUACAAACGCAGGCCGAUAGCGUCUUUGCUAGUGUUAAAAAUUACGUGCUUAAGGAGCCAAUUGCUGUGCAACAGUGGGCACGCCGACAUCUUGAAAUGAUUGAACAAAGUAUUAAUGAAAUGAUUAACGAGCAGCAAUAUAAUGAUCGCGAGUCACCGCGCUUAGUGAAUCAAGAAGUUGUGGAGGAGGAAUUGCGACAGUUAAAUGGACUACGCACGAUUAUUAUGGCGCUUAUUGAAAGGCUAAAAGAAACCUUUCGUCAGGCUGCGUAUAGCUCAAAUGGAAUCGAUAUUGAUGGCAAUAUUGUGAACGAGACAGAGCUUAUGCGGCUGACGACCGCAGGAAUCCAGGACUUACUGCGUCUGCUUGCACGCUCGCAAAGCGUUUCGUGCGCUUGCAGUUGCAUGUUGUGGCUUCACGAGAACGAAGUGGCAGCCGAUAGGGACAUGUAUAAUGCAUUUUAUGAUCAGGCCAGGUCGCUGCGCGUUACCUAUCGUGAGCAAUUUGAAGAGAUUUAUGGCAGCAAAUUGGUGCAUGAUAGUGAUUCAAAGAAACCAAUGCUACUGAUCGAAUACGUGAUGAAAAGUGCCAAUAUAUCACCUUCAAACCUUGGAGGAAGCUGUCCGCCAACUCAAUUAAAACAACUUUUCGAAGUGCUGCGUAUUCCAACUAUUCAGGAAGAUAUCGUACAGUUUUAUGGUGAAGAAUUGGAUCGUGAACCGAUUGAAGGAUAUUUUCGAGUUCAAGUGGCUUUGCUGCUAUAUUUUUGUUUAGACAGGGCUUACUUGAGUACAUGGAAAGAGCAUGUUAAGAGUGGGCCUCAUAUCGCGACUAAAAUGCGGACGUUGGCCGACUCUCUUGCGACACAGUUGAAUGUACGUGACGAUAUGAAGUUGACACUUCUGGCAUUAUGGCUAAUGGAGAACGCAGUUGUGGUCAAGACAUCUGGAGACGACCAGGUGGCUGCUAUUUAUGAGAAUGCCAUCAGUCUUCUACAGCAAUCGAGUACUAUGCAUCUUCACCAGAAGUACGAUCUUGAAAUUGAAUUGAUAUCUCACUUGCUCGAGACUCUGGUCCAUCGAGGUGAGAGCGUCGUGGCAUGGAAAGUGUGGAACACUUUUGGAGUCGAACUUGAGCAAUCUCCACCAGCACUGACGGAUUUAGUUGUAAUCAUUUUAUUGGAGUUGGAUCUGUGGGAGCGUGCGUUGUCGGUAAUACGCAGUCAAAAGCGCUCGGACCUGCUACAAGUUUUGUUUAAUUGGUUGAUGACAAGCCAUCGUCUGAAGGAAGUGGUGCAAGUUGUGACGCUGCUUCCAGCAGAGGAGGCGCUGUUCCACUCAUGUAUGAUGGGAAAUAGAUUACAAGACGAUGAAGACAUUCUUCGCGAUGAAAAUCUUAAGCGCGUAGACUUUCUCGUAAUGUAUUAUAUUCUGAGAAAUAAGUAUGAACAGGCUUGGGAUGUUCAUCACGAACACUUGGCUAUGAUUCGAGCAACAUGUCGUGGUGACACAGAGAUCGCGAUGGCUGUCUUGAACCAUCAAAGCUUGCGCAUUCGAACUUCUUUGCUAUCCAACAUGUGCGCAGAGCCCCCCGCAAAAGUAUAUACGCAUAGAAGUAGAAAAUUAUCGACAGAAGCUCAGCACCGCCACAUCCCAAAACCCGCUCUGUUAGAAAAUGAAGAGAUGGAAGAUGUAUCAAAACAGGAUAUCCCAGUUCCAGGACCUUCACAAGAGAAGGUCAAACAUACAAAAAAUGUCGUGAAACAGGAGAGAACUAUGACCGCGAAUGCCUUUGUUUCGGGUCAGACUGAGCAUCUGACACAAUUUCAGGAACUGGCUGGCCGGUUUACAUACGCACCGGGUAUCUUCUCGUCUCAACAAGGAUCAUGUGUGGCUACAAGAUCUUUUGAUUCGGCCACGCCUCUUUUGACUACUGAAAAGACCCCAACACCAACAAAAGCGAACGGGAAAGCCAGCUCUGCAGACAUUACGAUUGGAUCCAUCGACUCGAGCUCAGACUCUGCAUUACACUCACUAACUCGGCCAAAACCCAUCGAAAAUUCAUCGCGCUCUGCCCGUCAAGGCCUCAAUUUUGGGUCUUCUCCGGCGAUGGCUUGCAGUGAUUCCCCUGCGCCACAACAGACUCUCGUCUCUCCGCUUGGCAGUCGUCCAUUAGGUAUGCCACCAGCCCGAUCUAGAAUCAAUCACACUUUUGCCUCCUCUUCUUCAACACCACUCGCUAAGAAAAAUGCGAAUGUGUCCGAUGAAUUCUCGUUAAAGCCCCGCAGUACUGAAUAUGGUGAGAAUGAAAGCUUUCCAGUCGAAUCACAAAAGAAACAAGCUUCAGCAACGGGUUUGUCGGAAAACCAGACCGUAAAGAAUGUUACAACGCCACCACCUGCUGAGAUCAGUACGAAUUCCUCUAUUGGGCUUGAGACUCCAAAACGGUACCAAUUUGUGCGCGAACCGGCAAUAGACUCGCGCCUUGAAGACGCACACUCCCAGUCGUCAGAUCAGCCAAUGUCACCAGCAACAGAGGACCUUGAAGGCAUGGAGCUCGAGCGAAUUGAUGAAGAAUUUAGCACGCCCAUUUCCCGUUUAGAAGGGCGACGGAAGGAACCUGCUAGUGCCCCAGUGCGUCGCAAUCCUCGACGGUCCGCUCGUCACAGAUGGCACAAGCAUUGGGACUCCUUGCCAAAUUGGGUACUCAACGUUGAUCUCGUCGCACACGAGGCUACCGCGUUCAACGUCGUAUCGCAGUGGAAACUUGGAAAUGGGGCAGACGAGAUACUUCAGGAUACUUUCAUCCGCCAACUUUGCGGAGCGAUUGAAGUGCGACGCAUUGCGUAUACCACGGACACUAUUCCCAUUCUAGUGCGGAUAUUAGUAGCUAAUAGUAGACUUCACUACGUAGGCAAGAGAAACAUGGGUAAGAAGAAGUCCAAGACGUCACUCCCCACGGAUGACCCUAAUGCCAGCGCCUCAGAAAGUUUGCUUCCAGUCUCCGACAUCAAGCAUCAUCAUCACCUGGAGCGACACGAAAGUGCUGUGCUGCGUCGACAACGCAGCAAAUCGCGCAAGAUCUGGUGUGCCAUCAUAGCCUUAACUAUGGGAAUUCUCGGGUUUAUUGCCAUUUUGGCUAUUCUUCGGGCUGUAGAGGAUGCCAGUCGUCUAGUGCCUACAAAGCGACCAAUAUUUCCGACACAAUAUGAAGCCAGUGUGACAUUUAAUAUGCCGUAUAUGAAUAUGGUGGAGCCUUUAUACGUCCAUGUAGACGAAGUCAAGGGUUUACAAAAGCUCAGUUACUAUGGAGGCACGGACGUGUACAUUUUUAACACGAGUGGAACUAGCUACCAAAUUAUUCCCGUCGUUCAUGAACGAAAGUGUUUCAAGUCUGGAUCGGAUUCGUUGCAGCACAUUUUUCCUAAUGUGACGCUCUUUGAGCCUCAGCACGGUGUCGAUCUGGUGGAAGGACGUCCUUGCUUGAGCUGGAAAUUUAUGACAAAACUUCAUGAACCCACCCAGGACGGACUGUUGGGAGAAUACACGUUGUAUGUGGAUCAGACAACCGAGCGUCCUGUUCGCUUCCACUACGUCGGACGUAAUGGCAUGUUAGGUGGCAGCCACAUUGAUGAAUACUACCUGGACUAUGUAUACAUACGCGAAGGACCUGUGGACGAGAAUGUAUUCUCAUUUCUUCCAUCGUUGAUGAACUGUACUAAGAUGCCCGGCGACGAUGAAGGCCCGUCGCGCAACCCAAAGCAAGAUAUUCACAUGCUUAUGCCAGAAGGAACCUCGAUAAAAAAGGCACUUUUUGACAAUUUUUCGGCGACGUAUGAUAAAGUUUAUCAUGAUGACAAAGAAGCUGUUCAGCGUAUGGCAACAUUUCACCACAAUCUUCGUUUCAUUAAUGGAGAGAAUCGAAAGGGGCUUCCAUAUCAUCUUGAGGUGAACAAGUUCGCUGACCUGACCCACAAAGAGCGACUUGAACUGCAUCGACCUUCGCGUAUUAAACGUGCCAAGGUCAAUGGUGCUAUGGCUGUGCACAAAUUAUCGGGUUUCAACGACCCGGGGGACAUGGACUGGCGAGCAAAGGGUGCUGUCACGCCGGUAAAGGACCAGGGCGCUUGUGGAUCUUGCUGGACGUUUGGCACAACUGGCGCGUUAGAGGGUGCAAUUUAUGUUCAGCAGAAAAAGCUGUUUAAUAUGUCGCAACAGAACCUCUUAGACUGCUCAUGGGACUACGGUAACAAUGCUUGUGACGGAGGCUUUGAUUACCAAGCGUACGAGUGGAUCAUGGCCAACGGUGGACUCGAAACCUCGGCCACAUAUGGAUCAUACCGCAAUGCGCCUGAUUACUGCCACUUUAACAGCGAUAAUGCAAUCGGACGAAUGAAAGGUUUUGUAAACGUCACAAGCGUUCAAGCACUCAACGAUGCACUGGCGACGAUUGGUCCGCUGUCUGUGUCGAUUGACGCAACGCUGCCGUCAUUCUACUUCUAUGGUGGUGGCUACUACGAAGAUAUUGAGUGCAAAAGCGACUUGGACAGUCUUGACCACUCAGUGCUUGCAGUUGGCGUCACUACGCACAAUGGUCAAAAGUAUACUUUGAUUAAGAACUCGUGGAGUGUGCAUUGGGGUGAAAACGGCUACAUCAAGAUCUCGCAAAAGAAUAAUAUCUGUGGUGUCGCUACUGCUGCGACUUAUCCAGUGCUUGUCGACUAA